AUGUCUGUCCCUCAGCAGCUGCGACAGCAAUCGCAGAGUCGCCAGAUCUCAUUUUCCUCGUACCUUGUGUCUCCGAAAGAGCUUCACGAGGCCCUGAAGAAGAAUCCGACCACAAAGAUCUCCACUUCACCACGAGUGAUCCCUUUAUGUGCGGCCUGGUUCAUGCCCAACGACCCAGAGGGUCGCACAGGCAUCGACGCUUUCCGGAAACAUCACAUUCCCCAGGCGCAAUUUUUCGACUUGGAUGCGAUCAAGGACACCGAGUCCCCCUACCCGCAUAUGCUGCCUACCGUCGAGACAUUCGCUGAGGCAAUGGGCCAGCUUGGCAUCCGGCGUGACGAUGAGGUCGUGGUCUACGACACCGAAGAGCUGGGUAUCUUCAGUGCUCCUCGCGUUGGCUGGACCUUACGAGUCUUUGGGCACCCCAGAGUUCAUGUUCUCAACAACUACAGGCAGUGGGUUCGUGAAGGCUAUCCGACGGAAACUGGAGAGCCUGCCGCUGUUGAGCGGACCAGCUAUCCUCUGCCGCAGAUUGACGCCAAGCUGGUGAUUCCUUACCGGGAGCUGAAAGAGAUCGCCAAAGAACAGCGGAAAGAAGGCGCAGAAGAGGUCGAGAUUCUGGACGCUCGGUCCUACGGGCGCUGGGCGGGAACUGAUCCCGAACCGCGUCCUGGGCUAUCGUCAGGACAUAUUCCUGGCUCCAGGAGCUUGCCGUUCCAGGAACUGCUCGAUCCGGAAACGAAGACAUAUCUUCCCCCUUCUGAAUUGCGCAAGGUGUUUGAAGCGCGCAACGUUGAUGAGGCGAAGUCCAUGAUCAGCACUUGCGGCACCGGCGUGACGGCUACUGUCAUUGAGACUGCUUUAAAGAUCGCAGAGUUUGGGGAUCCCAGUCUGCGGAGGGUCUACGAUGGCAGCUGGACCGAGUGGGCACAGCGGGUCAAAGACCACGAAGGUCUCAUCAAGAAGACUUGA